CAAUGGACAUCUCAUCACCAGACCUCUCGCGUAAACGCUCAUUACCAGACGACGACCAAACUUCUGUCUCAAAAUCCGAGAGUCAGGUGCCAACUCCACCUCUCACUGCUAGCCCUGCCAACAAAGAUUCCGUUCGUCAAGCGAGUCCUGCACCGAGCAGUUCAGCCUUGAGCAGUGCCCCAUCGGGAACAAACGACCAACCCGCCGAUCCAAACGCUCCACCAAAGAAACGCAGAAAGUACACGCCUGCUGAGNAAGGAAGAGAGACGUCUGGAGAAGGAGAAGAAAGACAAGGAGAGAGCGGAGCUCAAGAAAAGCAGAAGAAGGAUGAGGAGAAGCGUCGCAAGAAUGAAGAAAAGGAAGCAAAGCAGCGCGAGAAGGAUCUGAAGAAGGCCAGAGAGGAGGAGGAGAAGCAGAAGAAAGCACGCGCACAACCCAAGAUUGCUUCCUUCUUCAAGACACCAUCCUCACAUAGGUCGCCAGCUGCCUCUACGCCAGUCCAACCUUCGCCUGCUAGAGAGAACAGUACAAGUUCACAACCCGUCGAUGCAGAUGUGUCUAUGACGUCUCCAACACCAAAGAAGUCCCCUCAGCAGACCCAGAAUGAUUACCGCAAGAUGUUCUUGCCGUUCCAACUCAAGGCACAUACCAAGUGCGCUCCAUACGUUCCAGCCCUCGGUUACGACGAGCUGCAGACUUCACAAGAGGAGAUGGACAAGGUCUUACAACGUAUCACGACCGCCGCAUCUCCCACGUCCUGUCUAGAGUCUCUAUUCGCANAAGAGAGGACCCGUUCACGCGGCCUUUGGCAACCCACUGCUCGGGAGGUCAUCGAGUCAAUACAAGGCUCAUCACAAGUUCCGAUCGACCUGACUGACGAGUCAGGCGAGCACUACCGUCCAGCCGAUCUCCUUGGCUCUCUUACCGUCCGUCAUCUUCACUUUAGCGAGGACGUUAGACCAGCCUAUUUCGGCACAUACUCCCGGAAGAUCUCUUCGCCGAAUGCCACAAAACUACGCAAAAACCCCUUCAGCAAGCUCCGGGAAGACACCAAUUACGACUACGAUUCCGAGGCUGAAUGGGAGGAGCCAGAAGAGGGAGAAGACAUCGGCUCUGAUGGCGAGGAGGAUGAGGAAAGUGUAGGCGACGCAGAGGAGAUGGAUGAGUUCCUGGAAGACGAUGCUGCCGACAGCAAACGACACAUGAUCACUGGCGACCUCAAGCCAAUCAGCACGGGUCUUUGCUGGGAAGAUGCUAAGGGCGUGUUCAGAUCUUCGACUGAAGAAUUCCCUGUCGAUCUAGACAGCAUGAAGAUUGACUUCUUCGUUCGUAAGUACAACGCCAUGUCUUUUGAUCGAGCGGUGCUAACGCUUUGCANNGCUCUCACAAACCCUUCCAUCAACCCUUUCUCAACGAGCUAUUGGCAGGCUCCGUCUGUACCGGCUGUCGUUGCUGCCAAGACUAGUGGCGGUCAGAUGCAGCUGGAUGGCAAGAUGAAGCCACCCAAGGCUCCUCUGAUGCCACGGUCAAACACGAACGACACUAUGACCAUUGUUGGUGCCUCGAGUGGUAUGAAGGGACCGAUCAUGAGCGUGGCCUCCACAAAGGCUGCAAAGCCAGCUCCCAAGCCUCUGCAAGGACCAGAACUAGCCGAGUUCAAAGACGCUGUCGACGGCAGCAACCUCACCAAAGUUGAUCUGCUCAAAGCUCUGAAGAAGAGCUUGACANGAUUCCCUAAGCACACCAACGACACCAUCAAAGCAACGCUUUCAAGUUGCUUCGCUCGAGUCGGCCAGCACGAAGCGGACAAAGUCUGGAAGGCUGUUGCCGCA